GGGAGCUACAUGGGAGCUAGGCUCUAAGAUUUUAUGACUUAUGAGAGCUACUGUUGUUUUUAUCAAAAUCUCAAAAACGAUACACCCUCAUUCCAUAGACAUCGAUUUUCCACUUAAUCUUGAAUAUUGCAGUGGAAAUUGAACGAAUUUUGAGAUGUACCACAAAUGACCUGAAUCUGUUUACGUGUGGCGUUCCUUUUUCUCGAAACAGUUGCCGGCUCAGAAAAGUGGGUGUUGUGGAUCAAGUGUGGAUCUGGAUUUAUGUAUCCCAAAACUACUCUUUUGAUCUCCAUAGAGCAAAAUAUGGAAUCCAGAACACCUCUAAUUCCAGCAAAGUCACCAUUUUCCAGUUGAAACUAUGCACAAAAUCCAAACCACAAGAGACUGAUGAGUCAAAAGCCUGAAGCGACAUGGGUAACAAAAACAGUUGCUGUUCAUACUCGAGCCCGCAGAGCAGUCACAGGGAACGGGUGAUUCUACCCAUAGAGGAUUCCCUGCCUGAAGGAGAGAUCAGUCAAAGCAAUUUGCAACAUAUCAGCGAAAGAGAAGGAGAUGAUGGGGAGGCAGAUCCUUCACAAGAUCCUAUGGCAAAGACUAUAUUCAUUGAGAGGUCCAAAACUGCUAUUGAAAAUGGGAUGAUUAGGAGGAAAAGUCAACACCAAAUAGCAGAUCUAAGACCUCUGAAGAAGAGCAGUUCAUGUUCUACAAUAUAUCUGGAUGAUAGCACUGUCUCCCAACCAAAUCUCAAAAACACUGUGAAAUGUGUUGCUUUAGCGAUCUAUUACCACAUCAAAAAUAGAGACUCCCAACGUGACAUAGACAUUUUUGAUGAGAAGCUGCAUCCUCUGACCAGAGACGGUGUUCCAGAUGAUUAUGACAAACACAAUCCGGAACACAAGCAAAUCUACAAGUUUGUCAGAACUCUGUUCAAUGCAGCUCAAUUGACUGCUGAAUGUGCCAUUAUUACUCUAGUGUAUUUAGAAAGACUGUUAACGUAUGCAGAAUUAGAUAUACAGCCUUCGAAUUGGAAGAGAAUAGUUUUAGGAGCAAUUCUCUUGGCGAGUAAAGUAUGGGACGACCAAGCAGUUUGGAACGUGGACUACUGUCAGAUUCUCAAAGACAUAACGGUGGAGGACAUGAACGAGCUGGAGCGGCAAUUUCUCGAACUAUUGCAGUUCAACAUCAACGUGCCCUCUAGCGUGUACGCGAAGUACUAUUUUGAUCUGCGGACGUUGGCUGAAGCGAACGAGCUAGCUUUUCCUCCGCCGGAACCGCUGAGCGUGGAAAGGGCGCAGAAAUUGGAGGCUAUGUCUAGGGUGAUGCGGACAAUAUACCCAGGAAGCAGUGAAGAACGGACUGAAGAAAUGGUCCAGUCUCGAUAACAUUACGAAUGGCGGUGCUGUGGCGAGACGUAGCGUCGCCAUUUUGUCGUGAUGCCUUGUAGGCACCUGUGCUGCCUAGGUAAUGACAAGGGGGCCAGAUUUACGGAAAGUGCAUUUGAAUCUGGAGGAUAGCGAACUGUAAAGGAUACUCCAAAAUUCACGUAGGCGUAGAGUUAGAACUUGCAGUUUUAUACGUGAGAUGUCUCAAAAAUAGGGAUCUCAAAUUUUUUUUCAGGCACGAGGAAUUUUUUUCUAAAGUGGAUGGGGUUAUUUUUCCCCAUAAGUGUUCUUGAGAUGUACUUUCAUCCCACAGCAAUUCUUUCGGGUUCAAAUCCGGGAUUGGGGAGGACAUUUCAAAAUAUUUUGUUCUUUUGCUUCCAGAAAGUUUUACAGAGCUUGGAUGUAUGUUUGGGGUUAUUAUCAUGCUGAAUCGUGAAUUUUGGGGAUAUUUCAAAAUAUUGUAAUUGGAAAAGAGUAGCAAAUGAAUAAUGCAUAUAGCUAUAGAUCAAAAUUAAGAUUACUUCCGAUUUUAGAUGCUCAAAAAUCAUCUUA